AUGGGGGUUGUUUCGACGUCUGCCUCGUUCCCCACCGCUUCCUCCCCUUCCUUGGCGUAUCUCUGCCCGGUGGUUGGUGCGUUGGUGCCUCCUAUGCCUGUGUCGAGUGCUGCGAGUGCAUGGAAGGGCGUCGAGUGUAACGCAGCCGGGGCAGUCGUGAAGAUCAAUCUCAAUCGCCAGGGCCUCAUCGGGACCGUCCAUUCGAGCAUCUCCAAAUUGACGGCACUCACAUACAUGGACCUCGGUUACAACCUCUUUCAGGCGCGACUCCUCACAUUCGUCUCUUCCCUCACUGCCUUGUCGUCCCUCAAAGACCUGUUCCUUCACUAUAACUGGUUCAUCGGCUCUAUCCCAUCGUCACUCCUUGCCCUACCAUCACUCACAGGCCUCAUGUGUGCAACGCCUGUGUGCAACGCGUGUGUGCAACGCGUGUUUUCAAGGAUAUCCGGCAAGGAUAUCCGGCAAGGAUAUCCGCCAAGGAUAUCCGCCAAGGAUAUCCGCCAAGGAUAUCCGCCAAGGAUAUCCGCCAAGGAUAUCCGCCAAGGAUAUCCGCCAAGGAUAUCCGGCAAGGAUAUCCGCGGCAAGGAUAUCCGCCAAGGAUAUCCGCCAAGGAUAUCCGCCAAGGAUAUCCGCCAAGGAUAUCCGCCAAGGAUAUCCGCCAAGGAUAUCCGCCAAGGAUAUCCGCCAAGGAUAUCCGCCAAGGAUAUCCGUUGCAAGGAUAUCCGCCAAGGAUAUCCGCCAAGGAUAUCCGCCAAGGAUAUCCGCCAAGGAUAUCCGGCAAGGAUAUCCGGCAAGGAUAUCCGCCAAGGAUAUCCGCCGAGGAUAUCCGCGGCAAGGAUAUCCGCCAAGGAUAUCCGCCAAGGAUAUCCGCCAAGGAUAUCCGCGGCAAGGAUAUCCGGCAAGGAUAUCCGCCAAGGAUAUCCACCAAGGAUAUGCGCCAAGGAUAUCCGUCAAGGAUCCGCGCCAAGGAUAUCCGCCAAGGAUAUCCGCCAAGGAUAUCCGCGGCAAGGAUAUCCGCCAAGGAUAUGCGCAAGGAUAUCCGCCAAGGAUAUCCGCCAAGGAUAUCCGCCAAGGAUAUCCGCCAAGGAUAUCCGUUGCAAGGAUAUCCGCCAAGGAUAUCCGCCAAGGAUAUCCGCCAAGGAUAUCCGCUCAAGGAUAUCCGUCAAGGAUAUCCGUGGCAAGGAUAUCCGCCAAAGAUAUCCGCCAAGGAUAUCCGCCAAGGAUAUACGCCAAGGAUAUCCGGCAAGGAUAUCCGGCAAGGAUAUCCGCCAAGGAUAUCCGCCAAGGAUAUCCGCUCAAGGAUAUCCGUCAAGGAUAUCCGUGGCAAGGAUAUCCGCCAAAGAUAUCCGGCAAGGAUAUCCGCCAAGGAUAUCCGCCAAGGAUAUCCGCCAAGGAUAUCCGGCAAGGAUAUACGCCAAGGAUAUCCGGCAAGGAUAUCCGCCAAGGAUAUCCGCCAAGGAUAUACGCCAAGGAAAUCCGCCAAGGAUAUCCGCCAAGGAUAUCCGCCAAGGAUAUCCGCCAAGGAUAUCCGCGGCAAGGAUAUCCGCCAAGGAUAUCCGCCAAGGAUAUCCGCCAAGGAUAUCCGCCAAGGAUAUCCGGCAAGGAUAUCCGGCAAGGAUAUCCGCCAAGGAUAUCCGCCGAGGAUAUCCGCGGCAAGGAUAUCCGCCAAGGAUAUGCGCAAGGAUAUCCGCCAAGGAUAUCCGCGGCAAGGAUAUCCGGCAAGGAUAUCCGCCAAGGAUAUCCACCAAGGAUAUGCGCCAAGGAUAUCCGUCAAGGAUCCGCGCCAAGGAUAUCCGCCAAGGAUAUCCGCCAAGGAUAUCCGCGGCAAGGAUAUCCGCCAAGGAUAUGCGCAAGGAUAUCCGCCAAGGAUAUCCGCCAAGGAUAUCCGCCAAGGAUAUCCGCCAAGGAUAUCCGUUGCAAGGAUAUCCGCCAAGGAUAUCCGCCAAGGAUAUCCGCUCAAGGAUAUCCGUCAAGGAUAUCCGUGGCAAGGAUAUCCGCCAAAGAUAUCCGCCAAGGAUAUCCGCCAAGGAUAUACGCCAAGGAUAUCCGGCAAGGAUAUCCGCCAAGGAUAUCCGCCAAGGAUAUCCGCCAAGGAUAUCCGCUCAAGGAUAUCCGUCAAGGAUAUCCGUGGCAAGGAUAUCCGCCAAAGAUAUCCGGCAAGGAUAUCCGCCAAGGAUAUCCGCCAAGGAUAUCCGCCAAGGAUAUCCGGCAAGGAUAUACGCCAAGGAUAUCCGGCAAGGAUAUCCGCCAAGGAUAUCCGCCAAGGAUAUACGCCAAGGAAAUCCGCCAAGGAUAUCCGCCAAGGAUAUCCGCCAAGGAUAUCCGCCAAGGAUAUCCGCGGCAAGGAUAUCCGCCAGUGAUAUCCGCCAAGGAUAUCCGCCAAGGAUAUCCGCCAAGGAUAUCCGCCAAGGAUAUCCGCCAAGGAUAUCCGCGGCAAGGAUAUCCGGCAAGGAUAUCCGCCAAGGAUAUCCGCCAAGGAUAUCCGCCAAGGAUAUCCGGCAAGGAUAUCCGGCAAGGAUAUCCGCCAAGGAUAUCCGCCGAGGAUAUCCGCGGCAAGGAUAUCCGCCAAGGAUAUGCGCAAGGAUAUCCGCCAAGGAUAUCCGCGGCAAGGAUAUCCGGCAAGGAUAUCCGCCAAGGAUAUCCACCAAGGAUAUGCGCCAAGGAUAUCCGUCAAGGAUCCGCGCCAAGGAUAUCCGCCAAGGAUAUCCGCCAAGGAUAUCCGCGGCAAGGAUAUCCGCCAAGGAUAUGCGCAAGGAUAUCCGCCAAGGAUAUCCGCCAAGGAUAUCCGCCAAGGAUAUCCGCCAAGGAUAUCCGUUGCAAGGAUAUCCGCCAAGGAUAUCCGCCAAGGAUAUCCGCCAAGGAUAUCCGCUCAAGGAUAUCCGUCAAGGAUAUCCGUGGCAAGGAUAUCCGCCAAAGAUAUCCGCCAAGGAUAUCCGCCAAGGAUAUCCGCCAAGGAUAUCCGCCAAGGAUAUCCGCCAAGGAUAUCCGCCAAGGAUAUCCGCCAAGGAUAUCCGCCAAGGAUAUCCGCUCAAGGAUAUCCGUCAAGGAUAUCCGUGGCAAGGAUAUCCGCCAAGGAUAUCCGGCAAGGAUAUCCGCCAAGGAUAUCCGCCAAGGAUAUCCGCCAAGGAUAUCCGGCAAGGAUAUACGCCAAGGAUAUCCGGCAAGGAUAUCCGCCAAGGAUAUCCGCCAAGGAUAUACGCCAAGGAAAUCCGCCAAGGAUAUCCGCCAAGGAUAUCCGCCAAGGAUAUCCGCCAAGGAUAUCCGCCAAGGAUAUCCGCCAAGGAUAUCCGCGGCAAGGAUAUCCGCCAAGGAUAUCCGCCAAGGAUAUCCGCCAAGGAUAUCCGCCAAGGAUAUCCGGCAAGGAUAUCCGGCAAGGAUAUCCGCCAAGGAUAUCCGCCAAGGAUAUCCGCGGCAAGGAUAACCGCCAAGGAUAUCCGCGGCAAGGAUAUCCAGCAAGGAUAUCCGUCAAGGAUAUCCGCCAAGGAUAUCCGCCAAGGAUAUCCGCCAAGGAUAUCCGCCAAGGAUAUCCGCCAAGGAUAUCCGCCAAGGAUAUCCGCCAAGGAUAUCCGCCAAGGAUAUCCGCCAAGGAUAUCCGCGGCAAGGAUAUCCGCCAAGGAUAUCCGCCAAGGAUAUCCGCGGCAAGGAUAUCCAUCAAGGAUAUCCGCCAAGGAUAUCCGCCAAGGAUAUCCGGCAAGGAUAUCCGCCAAAGAUAUCCGCGGCAAGGAUAUCCGCCAAAGAUAUCCGCGGCAAGGAUAUCCGCCAAGGAUAUCCGCCAAGGAUAUCCGCCAAGGAUAUCCGUUGCAAGGAUAUCCGCCAAGGAUAUCCGCCAAGGAUAUCCGCCAAGGAUAUCCGGCAAGGAUAUCCGGCAAGGAUAUCCGCCAAGGAUAUCCGCCAAGGAUAUCCGCGGCAAGGAUAUCCGCGGCGGCAAGGAUAUCCGCCAAGGAUAUCCGCGGCAAGGAUAUCCGCCACGGAUAUCCAUCAAGGAUAUCCGCCAAGGAUAUCCGCCAAGGAUAUCCGGCAAGGAUAUCCGCCAAGGAUAUCCGCCAAGGAUAUCCGCCAAGUAUAUCCGCAAGGAUAUCCGCCAAGGAUAUCCGCCAAGGAUAUCCGCCAAGGAUAUCCGCCAAGGAUAUCCGCGGCAAGGAUAUCCGCCACGGAUAUCCGCGGCAAGGAUAUCCGGCAAGGAUAUCCGCGGCAAGGAUAUCCGCCAAGGAUAUCCGCCAAGGAUAUCCGGCAAGGAUAUCCGGCAAGGAUAUCCGCCAAGGAUAUCCGCCAAGGAUAUCCGGCAAGGAUAUCCGCCAAGGAUAUCCGGCAAGGAUAUCCGCCAAGGAUAUCCGCCAACGCCGCGUGUGUGUGCAGCGCGUGUGUGUGCAGUGCGUGUGUGUGCAGCGCGUGUGUGUGCAGCGCGUGUGUGUGCAGCGCGUGUGUGUGCAGCGCGUGUGUGUGCAGCGCGUGUGUGUGCAGCGCGUGUGUGUGCAGCGCGUGUGUGUGCAACGCGUGUGUGUGCAACGCGUGUGUGUGCAACGCGUGUGUGUGCAGCGCGUGUGUGUGCAGCGCGUGUGUGUGCAGCGCGUGUGUGUGCAGCGCGUGUGUGUGCAGCGCGUGUGUGUGCAGCGCGUGUGUGUGCAGCGCGUGUGUGUGCAGCGCGUGUGUGUGCAACGCGUGUGUGUGCAACGCGUGUGUGUGCAACGCGUGUGUGUGCAGCGCGUGUGUGUGCAGCGCGUGUGUGUGCAGCGCGUGUGUGUGCAGCGCGUGUGUGUGCAGCGCGUGUGUGUGCAACGCGUGUGUGUGCAGCGCGUGUGUGUGCAGCGCGUGUGUGUGCAGCGCGUGUGUGUGCAGCGCGUGUGUGUGCAGCGCGUGUGUGUGCAGCGCGUGUGUGUGCAGCGCGUGUGUGUGCAGCGCGUGUGUGUGCAGCGCGUGUGUGUGCAGCGCGUGUGUGUGCAACGCGUGUGUGUGCAACGCGUGUGUGUGCAACGCGUGUGUGUGCAGCGCGUGUGUGUGCAGCGCGUGUGUGUGCAGCGCGUGUGUGUGCAGCGCGUGUGUGUGCAGCGCGUGUGUGUGCAGCGCGUGUGUGUGCAGCGCGUGUGUGUGCAGCGCGUGUGUGUGCAGCGCGUGUGUGUGCAGCGCGUGUGUGUGCAACGCGUGUGUGUGCAACGCGUGUGUGUGCAACGCGUGUGUGUGCAGCGCGUGUGUGUGCAGUGCGUGUGUGUGCAGCGCGUGUGUGUGCAGCGCGUGUGUGUGCAGCGCGUGUGUGUGCAGCGCGUGUGUGUGCAGCGCGUGUGUGUGCAGCGCGUGUGUGUGCAGCGCGUGUGUGUGCAGCGCGUGUGUGUGCAGCGCGUGUGUGUGCAGCGCGUGUGUGUGCAACGCGUGUGUGUGCAACGCGUGUGUGUGCAGUGCGUGUGUGUGCAGUGCGUGUGUGUGCAGCGCGUGUGUGUGCAGCGCGUGUGUGUGCAGCGCGUGUGUGUGCAGCGCGUGUGUGUGCAGCGCGUGUGUGUGCAGCGCGUGUGUGUGCAGCGCGUGUGCAGCGUGUGUGAUCACUCUCACCCCUUUCUCGUCGCGAGCCUCCAUGCCAACCUCUUCUGGACGCCACUCAGAAGCAUAGUCUCCCCCCUCUCCACCCUCACCAACCUCAAGACUCUUCAGCUGCAGUACAACUGGCUCUACGGGUCCAUUCCAUCUGUCCUUCUCUCACUACCUCGCCUCACAAGGCUGAAUCUGAACUUCAACUGUCUGACCGGCACUCUUCCAGCCAUCUCCACUUCUUUGGCUUACCUGUCCUUCGAGCAAAGUUAUAUCUACGGAACCCGGUUUCUGGGAUCGCGAGUUCCCAAAAAGGCUGUUAAGGCCGUGCAGGUGAAGGGGAACUGGAAGGCUGGUGCUGCGCGUGCCACUGCUACUGCCGAUCCUUCAACAUCCACCUACGUCGUGCCGGAUCUCUCGCGCGAUGAGGCGCUGAUGCUGUACGAAGACAUGGUGCUGGGACGCACCUUCGAGGACAUGUGCGCUCAGAUGUAUUACCGCGGGAAGAUGUUCGGCUUCGUUCACCUGUACAACGGUCAAGAGGCCGUCUCUUCCGGUGUCAUCAAAUACCUGCGAAAGGACGACUAUGUUACCAGCACAUACCGUGACCACGUGCACGCGCUGAGCAAGGGCGUGCCAGCACGCGAGGUGAUGGCUGAGCUGUACGGCAAGACGACGGGGUGCAGUCGCGGGCAGGGCGGCUCCAUGCACAUGUUCUCCAAGGAGCAGGGCCUGCUCGGCGGCUUCGCCUUCAUCGGCGAGGGCAUUCCCGUCGCCGUCGGCGCUGCUUUCGCCGUGAAGUACAACAAGGAGGUGCUCAAGCAAGACGCGGACCAGGUUUCAGUGGCCUUCUUCGGCGACGGCACGUGCAACAACGGCUCCUUCUACGAGUGCCUCAACAUGGCUGCGCUCUGGAAGCUUCCAGUCAUCUUCGUGGUGGAGAACAACCUGUGGGCCAUCGGCAUGAGCCACCUGCGCUCCACGUCAGAUCCCGCCAUCUGGAAGAAGGGCCCCGCGUUCGGCAUGCCCGGAGUCCACGUGGACGGCAUGGAUGUGCUCAAGGUGCGCGAGGUCGCGCUGGAGGCCAUUGAGCGCGCCAGGCGGGGCGACGGCCCGACGCUCAUCGAGUGCGAGACGUACCGCUUCCGCGGUCACUCCCUGGCCGACCCCGAUGAGCUUCGCUCCCCUGAGGAGAAGGCCAAGUACGCCGCGCGCGACCCCAUCAUCGCGCUGAAGAAGCACAUCCUGGAGGCGGGGCUCGCCUCCGAUGCCGAACUCAAGGCAAUUGAGAAGAAGAUUGAUGAUGUUGUGGAGGAUGCUGUUGAGUUUGCUGAUGAGAGCCCGCUGCCAGAGCGCCACCAGCUGCUGGAGAAUGUGUUUGCUGACCCGAGGGGCUUCGGAAUUGGAAUUGAUGGCACCUACAAGUGCGAGAACCCAGACUUCACUGCAGGCACUGCCCAGGUGUAG